GAAGGCGCUGAUUACUUACGACAGAACUCCGGCGCCUUCGAAGAACGGUAUCAUCCAACGGCGGUCAUUCGCGAUCGACAACCCUGCCCAGUCCUUGCCGAGUUCGUGCCCAUACAGUUUGACCCCGACCGCCCCGAUGACCUUCGCGAAAUCGAGGAAGUCAACGAAUACGAACCCAACUCAAUCACACGCGCCCGCUGGAUUCGCCCUAUCCACCGCCGAAAGCCCAACCAACGAGUUGCGCACGCCAUACUAUACUUCCGCGAUCCGCAAACGGCAAACAGCGCUAUUACUUCAGGGCUAGUUAUCUGUCAGAAGCGUCUACGUGCACGUCGGGAAGCUGCGGAACCAAUCCGAUGCGCAAGGUGCCAAACCUACGGUCACAUCGCAAGGGACUGUCAAGCUGAAGGAGAUACAUGCGGAACGUGCGGCAAGGACCAUCGCACGACACAAUGCUCCUCCAGGAUGGUAUACUGCACUAACUGCCACACUACUGACCAUGCUAGUUGGAACAGGGACUGCCCCGUCUUCCGACGGGAAUGUGAGCGGCUCGACAUCCGACGCCCUGAAAAUUCACUCCCCUAUUUUGUUACUGACGAAGCCUGGACACAGACCAUGUGCAUCCCGCUGACCUCCGCCCUAAACCCCAGCCUCCGUCGAUCAGUACCUCUGGACACCCUGCUCAAGACACAGCAACCGAUCCCACGACGUGAUCACAGCAUGUCAUCGCAACGUUCGG